AAUCUUACAUAUAAAUUUAUGUUUGAUACUGACAGAGGACGUAUAGCAUCUAGGGAAGAUGAAUUAUAUAAAGACUUCAAGGUACAAGACUUCAGAGCCUUGAAAAUCUUGAUCCAAUUGUUGGACGAAAACGAGAGCUCUGAAGAUCUUAUUGACCUUUCCGAUGAAAUAGAACCAGAAAUAGAACUGAUUCCGGAACCCUGUAAGUUUAGGACCAAAUCACAAAGAUUCCCUAACUUGCAAACCUCCCCAGCAGUAUGGGCUUUCCUUAAGCAAACAAGAAAACAAAUUGAAAAUCUAGUAAUUCCUAAAAUUUCUGAUAACAAUUUAUCAAAAAAACAACAGCAAGCACUUACCGAACUCACUAGUAAUAGUGAAUUGGUAAUAAAACCUUCCGACAAAGGGGGCAAUGUGGUUGUAAUGACAAGGAUCCAAUAUAUUAAAAUGUGCGACAAAAUUCUAUGUAAUGACAACUGGUACAAAAUAAUAGCAGAAGAUGAUGUUCCAAAAGCCAGAUCUGAUUAUAUUUCAUUAAUCUCACUGGCAUUUCAACAGGGAUUGAUUGAUCAAGAUUUGAGGGAAUAUCUAGAAAUUAAGUGGCCUAUAACUCCUACGUUUUAUUCAUUGCCCAAAAUACAUAAGGACAUCAGGGAUCCACCCGGGCGCCCCAUUAUCUCGGGUAUAGGCAGCCAUACGGAAACUGCAAGUAAGUAUGUAGACAUGCAAUUGAGACCUCAUGUAAUGGCGCUACCAUCUUACCUCAAAGACACGUUGGAACUUUUAAAAAUAGUCGAAGGCAUGAGUGUACCCCCAGGAUCAAUUUUGGCAGCAAUAGACGUAGAGGCCCUCUACUCUAGUAUCCCUCACACAAAAGGGAUUCAGGUCAUUUCCCAGUUUUUACGGGAACAAGACCACAAUAAUUGGAAACUUUGUAACUUCGUUACGGCCUUGCUUGAGCAUAUAUUGACUAACAAUGUUUUUGUCUUUAAUGGCUCAACCUACCUCCAGGUGCAGGGUGUGGCGAUGGGGACUUCUUGUGCCCCAUCGUAUGCCACCCUGUACCUGGGGGGGUGGGAGAGAGCCAUUUUCUCAGAUGACUCCGCCGCGAUAUACCUCCGCCAUAUUUUAUUAUGGCGGAGGUAUAUUGACGAUGUUCUAGUCGUCUGGACUGGCGGUGCGGACCUUUUGGCCAAAUUUAUGGAAUACCUAUCUAUUAACAAUUAUAAUUUAAAAUUUACGAUCCAGUCGGAUACCAAAAGCAUCCCCUUUCUUGAUUUAAAAAUCUCAGUAAAUGAUGAUGGCACCCUGUCCACUAAUCUGUAUAGGAAAGAAACGGCAGGAAACACUAUUUUACACUAUUCCAGCUCUCACCCAAGAUCGUUGGUGCGAAGCAUCCCCUACAGUCAGUACCUAAGACUUCGACGCAAUUGUGCGAAGGAGGAAGAUUUUGAAAAAGAAGCGUCUGCGCUUUAUUCUCGCCUCUUAUUGAGAGGAUACAGCAAAAAAGUUCUCAAACAGGCAUAUGCAAAGUCAAAGAUAAACACAAGAGAUACAUUAUUAUUUAAGAAAAAGGAAAAAGAGUCCAAUCCAACAACUAAAUUAAUAACCACUUUCAGUUCUGAUCAGAACAUCUUUCGCCAAUUGAUUAACCAUAAUUGGCACUUCCUUGCUGAGGAUCCUAUCAUUUCAAAAUAUAUAUCACAAAGACCUGAAAUUGUUUAUAGAAGAUGCAGGUCCAUCAAAGAUGGCCUCACACAUAGUCACCUGGUACCUGACGCUCCCACUUUACAGGAGCCUGAGAUACCGGGUACCUAUAAAUGUGGACACUGCGAUGUUUGCCCCUGGAUCGAAGAAGGGGACGGCUGUCCCCUCCCUAGAGGAGGUUUUCUUAAAUCCAAGAAACAUGCUAAUUGUUCUACCAUAGGCAUUGUAUAUCUUGCAAAAUGUCGAUGCGGCGCUUUCUAUAUAGGAAAGACAAAAAGGGCAUUCUCUAGAAGAAUCAAGGAUCAUCUUUAUUAUCUAGAAGCAGGCUUGCUCUAUACACCUAUUUGUAAACAUGUGGGGUUGCACCAUAGCUAUGAUCCAUCUUUCAUUACUUUCUUUGCAUUAGAAGUGAUCUCCCCUCCGGAAAGAGGAGGGGAUUUUGAUAAAAAAAUCCUCCAACGGGAGGCUCGUUGGAUCUUUGACCAACGAGCCACCUAUAUACCAGGGCUCAAUACAUCCUUGUCCUUUAAACCUUUCUUAUAGGGUAAUGUCACGGCCGUGAUCGAUUAUCAUUAAACUUCAUUAGAACAUACCCUAUACACUUAUCUAUCACUGGCGCAAAUCAUAGAGAUUUAAUUUGUAAACCAUAUAUAUAUAUCUUAAUAUAGAUCGCAGUGUUAGGGCUAAUUAUACCUGUGCCUUGUAUACUAGCCCUAUAUAGAUCUAUUAAACCAUUUUUUUGUUAAAAUAUAUGAUAUAAACUUGAUGAUUUAUGAUUGGAUUGCUUUUCUCUCUACUACUGACUGAUAUGUAUCUCCUGUGCUUUGUUUUUUGCUCUGUUCUGUUUUGUUAUGUUUUGUUUUUGUUUUUGCUUGGAGGGUAUCUUGUUUUAUUAUUAUUAUUUUUUGUUUUGCUAUAUUUAACCUGAUGAAUUAACAAUUGGAAGGUGUGAAAACUUUCCAAAAAUAUUUACUACUACAGAUGCCUUUUUCAUUAACCUUCCCCCAGAUAAGACAAUGUGAAAAUAAACCAUUGGACAUAUAGCUGAGAGAAAUCACUAGCAUAUUCUUAUAUAUUCCUUUAUAGUUAAAUACACAUUUCAUUGUGUAUAACUUACUACUAGUGUUUAUUAAAACUUUUUGUUUGUGUCUUCAAAGCUCUGAACUAUUCCACCUAAUAAACGGAGGUUUCCUUGAUGCGGGGGUAGGUUGGACUUUGCACAACCUUGGUGUGGCCAAUCACUGGUCCCAAUACAGGGGGCGUGUUCUCUUUAACGCCUCCCGUCCCAUCAUCAACAUCAGAUGGGAUGCGCGCGCACAUCCGGCCACCUCAUCAUCCUUGGCCGGUCUGAGACUGUCAACACAUGUCUCCUCCCUAUGCGCUCCAGCCUACAUCAUCACGCUGGAGCGCACUGGAUGCGCGCGCAAGUAACUUGGGACGCGUGGACCGGAUAUGAUGCCAGGGGUCAUGCUUGACUCUUAUCAUUUCCGGUGGAGAUGCCGUUCUUAAGGCCAGCGCUGACACAAUGUAUGUCAGACGCUGACUUGGACGGCGUGAGGGAAGAUAUCACAGUACACGUGGAAGUUUGCUUCAGUCAGCUCUCUGGUGUUACAACACAAAUAAGGUAAUUACUUUCUAGUUCAUCUCUUUGGGUUUUAAUCCUCUAUGUAGGCUUUCUUGGUCAUGGGCAUGAACUUAAUCUACUCAUUACUCUAUCUAUUUUUAGAAUCGGAACCUAAAUAGAUAUAACGGCCCUUGGACCAUUCUGACAGUAUUGCCUUUAAGUAUAAUGCCACUGGGAUAGCAUAUCCCCCUAGGACAUCAGCUUAUAGCACUAUAUACUCCAUGUUAUUAACCAUCUAAGGUAAACUCUCUUCCUUUUCAAUUACAUUAUUUUCUAAUAGACGGGCACUACGCUGCAAUGCAACAGUUACUUAUUUUUUUAAAAAAUAAAUUGAAUUCAUUUAUAUACUUAUAUGCAUACAUAUUUUGUAUUUUACUUACUUAUAGAAUAUAUUAUGAAUUCAGUAUGAACUACACUGGACUAUAUUGACAGCCUUAACCCUAUAUCUAAACUUCACUACUACUGAGGAGAGAAUUAGAUACAACGUACAAAUACCUGUAUCUCUUCCUCCUCAAUUGUGGUGACCCCCUCUAUACAUCUCAUUGUCCGCACCUGUUAAAAUCAAGUGGAUCUGGCUUCCACUGAUUGAAAGUGCAGCAGUCAAUACCUUCCGCCCGCAUCGGGUUCGCCUCCGCUACUUUCUUGGCAGCUUGUUCUGCCAUGGUUUUUGAGCUUUUUAAACACAUAAUGGUAAGCGCACUAUAUAUUUUAGUAUCUGUAUCUGUGUUGAACACUCAUUUACAAAGUUUAAAUAUAUUACAUUGAUCAUACCUGUAUUAAUGAUUAACUCUUAUGUCGUACACAGACCA